AUGCGUUGGUUUAUAAGAGAGAAAUCCUCAAAAAAAGUUAAGGAGGAUAAUACCUUCAAAGGUAUUUGGCAUCUUCAACUUUUAGGCAUGCUUGCCGUCAUGCUAGCCAUAAACAUAUGGAUGCAUAAUAAACAGUCAUCCAAACUAACCAACUCUACACUAUCUCAAGGAGGAAAAACACAAGAGAAUGUUACAAUAAUCAACGACUUUCCUGGAUUGAAACCUUUGACGCAUUAUCACGAUUCGAUUAACAUCAGCAUUGUUUCAAAAGAUAACAUUUUUGAUCCGAUUUCCUUUAUCAACGUAUCAUUGGAUCCUGUAUACAUGGUCAACCAUAAAGAUGCGCUGAAGGUGACGCGUAAACUUUCACUAGAGUCAUGUUACGCAACAAAUUGUAGUGCCCAUGUUAGUAUUGUUUGGUCAAUAAAGGGACAGUUCUUCAACACGGAUACUUCUUUAAUUAGGUACUUUUCUUCAAAGGAAGACAAAAAGCGCCAUUUGAUAGGCAGGGCAUUGACAGAUAAAAAUGUGACAACUGACGACGGAACGUCUGAUCUUGAGUACACACCUUUCCUUCAACCGGUUCUUACCUUGAGCCCUGUUCUUAAUUUCUCAACAUCUUCGUCAAAAGGGAUCGCUAACUUCACACCGAAUAUGCAUAAUAGUAAACACGGUCCCGUGCUUUACAUCAAUAAUUUCUGGCAUCUUCGGAAGCAUAUGCAAAAGUUGACGAAAGCUUCUAUUAACAAUCAAACUUUAACUGUGGAAUUGUCGCCUUUGACACCUUUGAAACUAGCUUUUUAUGAGAAAUUCGAUGAAUCUAUGCGGGAGCAAAUCGCUAUGGGCCUUUCUACCGAUGAAAGUCUUGAUGAUAUGAAGAGUAUUUUUUUGGAUAACAACCCAUACUUUCUUAUCCUAACAGCAUUGAUAACCGUUCUACACAUGGUAUUUGAAUAUUUGGCCCUUGCCAAUGAUGUGAAAUUUUGGCGUGGACGGAAAGACUUUAAGGGAUUGUCUUUGCGCACAGUGUUUAUCAAUUGCUACUUUCAAACGGUUAUUUUUCUUUACUUAUACGACACCAAUGAAACUUCGUGGACGAUUCUAUUUCCAUCCGGUAUUGGAGUCUUGAUGGAAUAUUGGAAAAUAAUACAAUGCAUCACUUUUGUGAAAGAUUCUGCCGAAGGUAAGACACACCAGCAUCGCAUUGAUGAAGCUGGUGGUAAUCCGAGUUCGGGAAAAGUUCGCUCCUUCUCGGUGCUUGGAUAUAAAAUUAAAUUUCGAGACACUUACGAUAAGAAAACCAGAAAACAUGACGAGACGGCGGUGCGUUGGCUUAUUUACUGUAUGGCUCCGAUUCUUUUUGGAUACUGUGUUUACUCAUUAAUUUACAACGAGCACAAAAACUGGUAUUCCUUUUCCAUUAACACACAAGUUCAGUUUAUUUAUUUCUUCGGAUUUGCCGCUAUGACGCCGCAAAUUUUUGUUAACUAUAAGCUAAAAAGUGUGGGACAACUUCCUUGGAGGACAUUUGUUUUCAAGGCGUUAAACACUGUUAUAGAUGAUUUUUUUGCCUUUAUAAUCCAAAUGCCGUGGCUACAUCGUUUGGCAUGCUUUCGAGAUGAUAUUGUCUUUGCAAUACUUCUAUAUCAACGGUGGAUAUAUCCUGUUGAUACGUCUAGAAUAGGUGACGACGAGGAAAUGGUAGAUGAAAGCAUAACUAUAACAGAACAAGGCGAACCUGUUAAAUUAUCUGAAAAUAGCAAAAAAAAUAAUUAA